AUGCAGAGACCCACCCUCUCAGAGAAGUCGGACCACGCCGGCGACGGCCGCAUCUCGCCACAGAGCGGCUACAGCGUCAAAGACAGCCGGCCUCAGAGCAUACAGGCUGCCAUUGACCCCUUCGCCACUCCCCACGGCUCGCAGCCCAGCACCCGUCCCGUCUCUUAUCGCGAGUUUCCUCUCCCCUCCCCCGGCGCCGCGCCUUACUUCAAGUCGCGCCGCGUGCCAAAGGGCACCGUCCAAACCCCCAAGGCUCUGCAGGGCAAGAAGCGCAACGACCCGUGGCUAUGGGUGAUCCCCAUGAUCGGCGCCCUGGUGGGCUUUGCCGUUAGUGGCUUGCUCAUCUGGCUCGGCAUCAAUGCCAACACUUCUCCCUACAACUACUGCCCCGUGCUCAUGGAAGACUUCUCCUCGGGCUCCCUCGACUCUUCCGUUUGGACCAAGGAAAUCCGCCUCAACGGCUUUGGAAACGGAGAAUUCGACCAGACCACUGCCGACGAGGAGAAUGUCUUCAUCAAGGACGGCCAGCUUUACAUCAAGCCCACCCUCCAGGAUGCAACCCUCAUGGAGACCAACAAUGUCAUCAACCUGACUGCCCUCGGCACCUGCACCUCGACUGUCUGGUCCGACUGUGUUGGCUCGACCAACACCACCAACGGCACCGUCCUUCCGCCAGCCAAGUCGGCCCGUCUUACCACCAAGCUGGGUGCCAGCAUCAAGUACGGCCGUGUCGAAGUCAAGGCCAAGCUGCCCAAGGGUGACUGGCUCUGGCCCGCCAUCUGGAUGCUUCCCACCGAGAGCGUCUACGGCGACUGGCCCCGCAGCGGCGAGAUUGACAUUCUGGAGUCGCGCGGCAACAACUACACGUACAACACUAACGGCGGUGGCAACGACUUCGCCAUCGGCACUCUCCACUGGGGCCCCGACUCGGACAAUGACGGCUACUACCAGACGACCAACAGGAAGCAGGCCCUGCACUCGAUGUGGGGCGACGGCUUCCACACGUAUGGCCUCGAGUGGACCGACAAGUACAUCUACACGUACAUCGACAGCCAGCUGCUGCAGGUUCUCUACAUUCCCUUCAAGAAGAACCUUUGGAGCAUCGGCAACUUCCCUACCUCGACUGCCAACGGCACCCGCCUGACGAACCCCUGGGCUGAUGGCGCCACCAACGCUCCCUUUGACCAGGAGUUCUACCUGAUCCUCAACGUCGCAGUUGGCGGCACCAACGGCUGGUUCACCGAUGGAAAGUACUCCAAGCCUUGGAUCGACAGCAGUUCCUCGGCCAAGAAGGACUUCUGGAAUGCCAGAAACCAGUGGUAUCCUACCUGGGAGAAGAACGGCGAGAUGAUUGUCGACAGCGUCAAGAUGUGGAAGCACUGCUGA